AUGGCCACAACAAAUGCCCAUACUGGUAGUGAGAUAGAAAUGUCUCAAAGAGAAAGAAAUCCUAUUUGGCAGUUUUUUGAAAAGAGCACAAAUGAUUUAUCUAAGGCAGUUUGUAAAAUCUGCAAAAAGUCGCUCUCAUUAGGAAGUCAAGAACCCAAAAACAGACACUAUAUGGAGUGAAGCAGCAUUUAAGUAAGUUCCAUGGCACAGAACACAGACAAGUUUUAAAGCGGCAGUCUGAAUUAGAG